AUUCCUGAUUCCUUUUGCAACUCACUGGUGUGGUGACGUAAACAUCUCCAUUUACGCCAGUGGCAGUUCUUUCUCUACAUAGCCAUUCCAUGAUUCCAUUUAUGCGCAUUUUUGCAUGCUUUAUGGAUUGAUACAGAGUAAAAGGUUGAUGCAGUCUCAUUGCGCUCCGUGCUGCUGUGCUGAAGGUAUCAACUAGAGGAAAUAUUAGAGUCAUAACACCCUCCUGGUCUGGAGUCGUUCUGCAAGGUCAGCACUAUCCAAUUUUAACGCUUGGCCUGGUAGCGUGAUUGAAUCGGACCGGACAAGGCCCGGGCGCUGGGGAGAUUUGAAUCCGUAAUUCGACACAGACGGUUGCAGCGCACGGCGAGGGCCGGUCCUUAGAGCCGGGGGCACGAGCUGGGUGUGUCGUGGAUAGCUAGGUUGUUGUUUAUAGACUGGGCGCGCGCUUUGAACACAGCCGUAACAAGGUGCCGCGCAACUACGCAGUCCGAUCCCAAAAAGGACAGCCGUUUGUAAUCCUGGAUAGAUGGCGUAAACUGCUACAUCUGAAGACGUCCAAGAAGGAUGGCCGCCACCGGGAGAUGGAGCUGACCGAAGAUUACCGAUGUUUACCGACUCGUGACGGAAGGGCGACUUUUCCCGAGAGUUAGUUCGUGAGCAGCGACGGAGAGAAAAUGGUGUUGGAAGGGUCUGCAACAUGCCUGAAGUACCUUCUGUUCGCCUUCAAUUUUAUGUUCUGGCUGUCCGGGUGCGCCAUCCUUGGCGUUGCGAUCUGGCUGCGUAUAGAUGUCCAGACGAUGCAGUACGUCCGAGUGGGGGAGGACCUGGAGACGUUCUACAUCGGGACGUACGUGCUGAUCGCGGCGGGAGCGCUCGUCAUGCUGGUCGGCUUCCUGGGCUGCUGCGGCGCCAUCAUGGAGUCUCCCUGGCUCCUGGCUUCCUUUUUCGCGUUCCUGGUGCUGAUAUUCUCAGCAGAGGUCGGCGGUGGCGCAUGGGCGUACCUCCACAGGUCAAAGUUAGAGGACUACGUGCGUGAGGAGUUUCAGUUGAUUGUCCAGACGAGAUACAACCAGGACACAUACGAGACCACCACCAAACUCUGGGACCAGCUCCAGAUAUCUCUGAGAUGCUGCGGGGGUGAGGACAUGACUGACUGGAAUCUGUCGUUCUGGGGCUCGUACAACCCUCGGGACGUGCCGGACUCGUGCUGCGUGCGGCAGGAGAGGAGGUGCGGCCGCUGGGGGCUCACCAAGAAGAUCGGCAUGUACAGACAGGGUUGUAGCAGUAAGAUGGUGUCUUUCUUCAGCUCCAGGCUGCUCAUCAUCAUGUGUGUGGGUCUGGGAGUCGCCAUCCUGCAGUUGAUGGGGAUGAUAUUUUCCCUGAUGCUCUGCUGUGCUCUGAGAGGCAGAAGAGGUUCUGAGCCGAUCGACAACGACUCCAACAGUAAACCUCCUGCUGUGGUGGUGUAACUGUGCAAUCUAUGGGAAGAUGCAAGAGGGCGCUUAUUUAUAAGAGCGAUGUAGCCCAUUGAGGUUAAACGUUAUCUCUCAAAAUGCCAGUAUGUAACGAUCAAUCAAAGUAUUUAUAUUGUACAUACGUUGUGACGUAGAGUAUCUAAUAUAUAUCGAAUUACUUUAAAAAGUAAGAUUUACAGCUAAAAGAAAUAUUGAUAUUAUAACUUAAAGCUCAUCUUCAAACGAUGAACAACAUUGAAUAAUGACGUUUUUACUACAGCCAUUUUUGCAACUGAGUUAUGAAAUUGUGUCCAUUAGUAUGGCAUGUAAAAUUGCUCCUAGUACAUGUAAGUUCUUAACUAGUCACUAUUUACAUUUUGUAUAUCUAGGGUAACAAGCUUAAGUAACGCAUGUAAUAAUACUGUAAUUUCAAGACUUGUAUAUUUGCUUCAGGCAAUUAGAUACUUCAUCUAUGAGCUUGCUGUUGAUAAUCCGUGUUAUUGUAAUUGUACCCAGCUGAUACAAUCGUUGUGCAAUAAACUUUGACUUGACUUGAACAUGAAAGAUA